AUGCCCAACAACUGUUUGUGGAAAUGUCCUCUUACAGGUCUGAAUCUUGGUAAAGCUACAGAAACAUGGUUGAAAACCUUAAAGAAGUGUCAUCCUUCGGUGGAAGAAGCCAAGAAACCUUUAAUUACAAAUUCUCAAAGUCAUGCCAUCAGAGCAUCCCCAUCUCAGCGACGUGACUACUAUUACAUGCCAGCAAGAUCAUUGGUUGGAAGUUCAACUCCACCAAACAGAGGUUAUUUGUGGACAACAAGAAGUGGUCCAGCCUCAACUAUGGCUAUGGCUGCUACUGCUGCUGCUGAUGAAGAUGAUGAUCAUUCUUCAGAAGAUGAGUCAUCUCUUGAGAUACCUGCAAAGACUACUUCCCAGCCUAGGCCGAUACCCCGCUCAGUUAGUUAUGGAGCAUUUUUGGCUACUUCACUCAACUUUCCUUCACGCACAAAGGGUUUGAUGCAAGUGUAUGCUCACAGGAAGCUUCUACAAGAUGGUGGUGGAAGUCAAGCUGUGUAUUGGCAAUGGCUAGGCUGGAUGAUGGUUGCUAUAUACAUGGGUGGAAGGAUCCCUCAAAUCGCCAUAAAUAUCAAAAGACGCAGUGUUGAGGUAAGUUUGAAUCCUCUCAUGUUCAUCUUUGCUCUCAUUGCCAAUGCAGCUGAUGUUGGAAGCAUUCUUGCAAGAAGUAGAGAGUGGGAGAAAAUUAAAGCAAAUAUGCCUUGGCUGCUAGAUGCUGCAGUCUGUGUGGCACUUGAUGCUUUUAUCAUAAUGCAGUAUGUGUACUACAGAUACUUCAUGAAACCAGAUCUAAACACUAAUGAUGAAUGA